AUGGAAGAAGACAGUCGUCCCAGCAUCUUGCUCAAUGUUCCCAUCACCGACGCUGAGCGCCGUGCUCAAGUUGCUGCGGCGGCCGUCCGAGAUGACAGCUCCGAACGACUAUUACCAGAAGUCCGACAGCCCUCGCCCGAACUCCAGGAGUCGUCGACACCAUCGUCGGCUCAACUACAGCCACCACCAGGCCCCAGUCGAUUUCCCUCCAUCCACGCUCCCCCGGCGAUAAGACAGUACGCGCCGAGAUUCUCGCAACGACCGGAAGUUCGCCAAUAUGUCCCCAUCUCCCCGGUCCCAGAGGAAGACGAACCCGAGUCCAUCAAACUUCGCCCGUACUCGGCCAUUACCACGGACGAUGGCUAUUUACUCGCUCCUCAGGGACCCAUGCCCGCCCUGUGGACUCCCAUUUGGUUGAAGCAGUGGUUCCUGGGUCUCUUCGCCUUAGUCUUUGCCGCGUUUCUAAUCGGCUUGAUUCUCCUCUGGCACUUUGACAAUCAGAACGAUGGUUUCCACAUCGACCAGGGAGCAAAUCAUUAUGCAUGGGCGUACACGCCUACCGUCAUUGUUGUCAUCAUCGUGGCCGCCUGGAGAAUGGUGGACCACCACUCGAAACUGGCGAUGCCCUACGAUGCGCUCCAAGACGGACCGAUCAAACCGUCGGAAAGUCUUUUAGUCGACUAUAUCUCGAAUUUUCAACUUGUAUCAUUACUCGAAGCAUUCAAAAACAGUCAUUUUGCGGUUAUUGCGUCGAUUACGGGGUUUAUAUUACUAAAGGUGGUCACGGUCUUUGCGACGGGAUUGUUGGUCGCUCUCCCAACACAGGUGGCUCAAAAGAGUGCGACCGUGCAAGCUAGAGGUUUCAGUGCUGACUCUUUCAAUCCGAGUUCCGCCCUCGAUCCAUCGACUUUCUCGGCUCAACCGGUGUAUGCGUACUAUGGCAGUAUGGCUCAGGGUGUGCCACUGGAAAAUGGCGUUCGGUUUGAUCUGGCAUACAGUGCCUUCACAGUCAGUUCUGAUAUCCCGAUCGGCGACGAUGCGAUAAUAUCUGGUGAAGUCGAUGCCUUUGUGCCGACUAUGACAUGCAAAACAUUAAAUGUGCAGUUGGAGACUCCGCGGAUUGUGAACGACACCAACUCAGCGAGCGCAUUCGCGACUUCGAGCAACAUCACCUUCACCCUCAAUGCGGGCGAUGUGUGCCGUCGACAGUCCUCGGUCAGCGUGCCAGCGGACAAUCCAUACACUGAGAUUGUCCCCACGCGCCAGGUCACAGGGACUAUGCAGCAGAUCUUCUGUGGCACCACGAAUGCCAGUGUUCCUGAUUCGAAUGGCCCGCAGGGGCUGUUGUUUACGGUAACCGAUAUCAGUUACCGGCAGACACUAUUUGACAACGCCACCGCCCUGGCAGGUGGAUCGUUUACCAUCGCAAGCGAUGUUUCUCGGACCCUUGAUAAUGUGGCGAACGUCUUCUGCAUCCCUUCGUACUCCAUGACCAGGGCUCAGGUCACGAACAACACCCGGCUCCUCAACAACAAUGCCGCCGUAACGGUUGCGUUGAAAGAUGGAGCAAGCAAUAGCACACUCCCGGGGUUCUCGGACUGGAAUGCCACCAAUGUUCUCACGCAAGCUUCGAUUGCUGCCCAAGUCCUCUUUGGAGAUACGAUUAACGACGACACUCUGACCGAAUCAAGCGCUAUAUUUACACUCAUGGCGUUGACGCAGGGUUCUCAAAACGUCGACACUCUGAUCGACCCGGAAACAAUGGCAUCAGCCGCUCAAGCGACGUCUAAUGGAAUUUUAUCCCAGUAUGCCCAUCAAGUAUUGAGAGCCCCAGAAGACAGCAGUGUGGAAGGGGGAAAAGUGACUCGUCAAGAACGGAGGCUUCGGGUCAACGAUGUCUCUGUGUGGACGAUGGCUUCGGCUUCUGGAUUACUGUUUCUCUUCUGCGUUGCCUUGAUCUUUAUCGCCCCUAGAGCGGUUGUGCCCCGCGAUCCGAGCUCUAUUGCGGCAGUUGCGACGACUCUGACCAGAAGUACGGAGCUUAAUCGACUUUUGCGAAAGCAGGGCGCUCCGAGCCAGGCGAAUCAAAAAUCUGCCCUGGCAGGCUUUGAAUUUGGGACUGCGAUUGCGACGACGGACUCUGGGACGAGGAGUUUCAAAAUUGUUACUUCCGAAGGCGAGCCAGACGAAUCGACGACCAAACCGACUAGGGAGUUCGAGUGGUGGUUACCGAUCACAGCAACAUUUCCGGUCUUGACAGUCACCCUGAUCCUGCCACUGGGCCUCAUCGUGGCGUUGGAGCUCAUUCAGCGACAUUCUGACAAUCACAAUGGGCUUUACACGGUGGCGGACGACAAGUGGACCGAGAUUUACAGCCAUUACAUCCCUGGCCUCGUCAUGCUGAUUUUGGCAGCGCUGGUCAACAUGCUUGAUUUCAACGUAGCCUUGUUUACUCCGUGGAACAACCUGGCAGAAGGCAAUGCGAUUCACAGACGAUCAGUCCUCAACAAUGUUCUUGGGAGAGCACCUCCUUUUGCAUUCUUACAGGCUCUGAGGACGCAGAGCCUCGGUGCCAUGCUGAGCAUCACCGCGGCUACGGUGGCGAGCGUCCUGGCAGUCAUUGCUUCUGGACUGUACUACGUUCAGCAUUAUACCGUUGACGGGGCGAGCAUUUCGCUUACUCAGGUCGACUCUUUUGACCUUCAGUGGCCGAACAGCUUCUCUAAUGACAAUGGAGCGGCAGCCAUUACAAAUUUGAUCAUGCAUCAGAAUUUCAGCUACCCUCAGUUCACCUACGAGGGUCUCGUGUUCCCAAAGCUGUCGUUGAACAAUUCCGCCCUGACGAAGGAUAGCCUCACGACCGUGUCUGGAUCAUCCUCACACGUGCUUCCGGCUGUUCGCGCAAAUCUCAGAUGCGACGUUCUUGCCAGCGACUCCAUUUCCUUGUCCACGCAAAAGGCUGGUGCUGACAGCGCGUUCGCCACGGAUCAAGCAUUCAUCACCGCCAGAGCAGCACUUCCUGACUCGUGUCAGCUCGCCGGCUCCUCUGGCACGGACAACUUUGUUCUCUACCAAAACAACUUCGAAUUGCCUCCGGGUGGGAAGGGGACGUUUGCCGGUGCACAGUUAGAUCUCUUGUUCGGUGAGAAUGCAACAACGUAUGGCAACUACGGCGAAAAUCGUGGUCAAUACAUCAGUGACAAUCCACCGGUUGGUUGCCCAAGUCUGGCAUUCACUUUCGGCCACUUCCAACUAGACAGCACGGACACGAGUCAAGUGACCACGAUGGUGUGCUUUCAAGAAAUUCAAGGCCUCAACGCAAAUGUCACGCUGCAGCCCAACAGCACCACCAUUGAUUCGAGCCACCCACCAGCAGUGGUUGAGAGCAGCAUCGUCCUCCACGACAAUCCGCUCAGUAACCACAGCGGGGUGAAGACCUUCGACUUCCGCAUCCAGAACAACCUCGCCCAGGAGAUGACCGUGUUUAACGGGGAGGGCGGCACACCGACGACGAACCCUUCGAGCACAAACACGUUUGACAUCUUCUUUCAAGCCAUCAUCAACGGCUCUGAACCCCAUGAUCCAGCAUCUCUCGCCGGUCCAAACAAUCACGAUGUCCUCAUCAACGCGAUAAACAGAUUCUAUCGCAUCUACAUGGCGCAGGCUAUUUCCGCAAACAUGCGCGGCCCCGUAAACAGCCUGAGCACUUCCUCUCGCCUUGAUCGACGCCAAAGCUCUUCCACGAUUACCUCUCCGACCACGAUUGACACUCCACGCCUCGUCCAAGACAAAGACAGCAAAUUGAUCCUACAGGUUCUCCUCGGAAUUAUGACAGUCCUAGCCGGAGCAGCAUGGCUAUCCACCAAAUUCCGCCACGUUCUCCCAUGUAAUCCGUGCUCCAUUGCAGGAACCAUGUCCCUGCUUGCGGGCAGCGAUCUGUGCCACAGCGCGGACGACGGACUCUGUGAGUGUUGUGGGAAGCCCCGUCGACGGUCCUUUGGGUAUGAUGGCGGUCCCAGACCUGAAUCCAUCCACGCAGGACCGGACGAAAACGGCGAGGACGUCGAUGAACGCCACCAGGUCAUUUCCGACGGCGCAGAAUGGAUGCGCGCCUCCCAAUUCGAAACCGUCUUCGGCGGAAACCGCUACAGUAUGGGCUGGUGGCGCGAACGGCGACUCAUAGGCAAGAGACGGAGAUUUGGCGUGGACAUCGGUGCCCGUGCCGAUGGAGCAGAUGACCAGGACUGGGAGCUCGGGGAGAGGAGGCCCGAGGGAACUGGAUUUAGUGAUUUCAUGAUGAGAGGCGGCGAUCGGGACGGCCGGGGCGAGUAUUCGAGAUUUGGUCCCCGAUCGAGGGGUGCGAGCGUCAGUGGAGCGAACCCUGAGCCUGGGGCGACGGGAGCAGCACCGACGACGAUGACCAUGCCGCGAGAGCCCUCGCCGGGGAUUUACGUGCCAGAGAGAGGGCGCGUGGCCCAGCAAUUCGACCCCGACUCCACGGAACCCGGCCCGUCGAUAUUCAUGGGAAGACGAAGUCCCGUCGGAGGUGAAGCAUAG